AUGGCGACUACGCUUCCAGAUAGUUUGAAGUCCGCAGAUAUCGGGCGCUUCGUCACACGAGCAGCGCAAAUCGAGCGCGCAAAACCGGUGAUUGCAUAUUGGUGUAAUUACUGGGUCGUUAAUCAGAUUAUAUCGAAGGGUCUUCAUUCAACCGAUGCGGAAUCAACACAGUUUACGACGGAUUUGAUGGAUAAGUUGGAACGAUUUAAAAGCGAAAACCCUGAUAAUGACGCUAUAACGGAUAACGUUGCUGGACAAGCUUAUGUCGAGCAAUUUGGACUCGAGGUCUUUACAAGAGCUGAUAAUGCGGUUCGCGCUAAUAAGGCUACAAAACAAACCGCCGAUACGUUUCUCGCAGCAGCUACAUUCCUUGAACUCUGUCAAAUAUGGGGCGACGUCGAUCCAGACAUUACAUCCAAGAUCAAAUUCGCAAAAUACCACGCUGUUCGAAUUGCUAAAGCUAUAAAGAACGGGGAGGACCCGAAUCUGUCGAAUCCCGUUAUAGAAAGUCAGGCCCCAGCUAGUGAAAUGCAAACUCUGAAUCCGGAUGAUCCCGAAGUUCGAGCUCUCCAAGGCACCGCGGAUCGAGAACGUCAGCCUUCUGUGGAAGAAGUGCCAGAUGAAGCGGAUCGUCUGCAGAGAAGUCUUGCGCAGCAAUCGAUACUAGAUGAAUCGCUUCACCCGUCGCGAUCGUCCUCGUUACCACGUCCGUCACCAUCUACAACCGACACUUCUAAGGCUGAAGAUCUUCCAGCUGUGCCGUCGGCUCCGGAGCUUCCAUCAGCUCCUUCAGACUUGACGCUUCCACAGACCCCUUCCACUCUUCCCGAUACGCCUGAAACAUUCACGAAUCCUUCCGCCGCUUUUGAAUCGUUCCCUCCACCCGCAGUUGUACAAAUGUCGAACGCAGCCGAUCCCUCCGACCAACCGCCAUUGCCUCCUAGUCUCGCUCAACAGCGAGUGAUUCCUCCAGCUCCGGCGCGUGCGCCAGUACCUGUACCUCCAGUAGCAGCUAUACCAUCAGUACCUCAAACAUCGCAAUAUGAUCUAACCGCGGACGAUCAAGCCAUCACACAAGCACAGAAGCAUGCGCGAUGGGCGGUUUCGGCGUUGAGUUUUGAUGAUGUGCCAACGGCUAUCAAAGAGUUGAAGAAUGCGCUUCAACUGUUGGGCGCCGAGUAG